UGAAAUGUAGCCCGUUUGUUGCAUGCAUGCAGGACAUCUCUUCACUAGCCGCAUAUGUUACAGUGUUUUUGAGCUCGUGUGCAGCUAAAAGCGACAAUCAGUUCAGCUCUUGUUUACAAAGAUGGAUUCCCAUGGAAGUCAGUGCACCUGUAGCGCCCAUCGCUCCACACCAAGCGUGCAUCAAACUCUGGAGGAGAUGGACUUUGAGAGAGGUAUUUGGUCAGCUGCAAUGGAUGGAGAUGUGGAGAGAGUCAGGGCAUUUAUUAAAAAAGGGAUUGAUCCAAAUAUGAGGGACCAGGCAAACUACAGUGCUUUGCAUUAUGCUAGUCGAGCAGGUAAGCAGUCAGUGUGCGAGUUACUCCUGGACUGUGGCGCUUGUGUGAACGCCCAGACUCGUGGUGGGGCAACCCCGCUUCAUAGGGCGGCUUACUGCGGCCACUACAGUGUGCUCCAGCUACUGCUAGACCGUGGGGCCGAUCCAUGUCUGACUGAUGAUGAUGGAUCAACACCACUUCAUAAGGCUGCUGAACAGAGGCAUUUCAAGGUUUGUGAAUUGUUGGCGAACCGCUUCCCAGCCUUGCGAGUCGUGAAGAAUAAAAGAUCACACACAGCUUUCGAUCUCUGCCUGGAGAAGGACAGAGUUUGGGAGUUUUUGAGACCACCACAGUGACCCGAUCUAACUUAGACUGUAAUGCCUUUUCAUUAAGGUUUAUGAAGAACAUUUUCAAAAUCUGAGCCUUGUAAAUCAGUGUGACUUAUGGUUGAAAGGAGACAUAGUCGCUAAAAUUGGUCUCACAGGCCUUUCCUCAUGUUGUGAGAGCCUACAAGAGUAUGUGUGACCAGAUCAACAAAAAGACUGGAAUCCGUGAACACAUUUAGCUGCAUGUCAACUCUACAUGGAGUGAACAAGGUUUGUCUGGUUUGCAUUAGCAGUUAGCUGCUGCUAGUAGAUGUUUUAACUACACCAUUCAAUGAUCAAAAAAAUCUAUGCAUUCACGGCCUUACCACACUGAUAGUCUUCUCCACAGUGAGCCUGUGCUUUGUUUUCUCCAGUAGAGGGUGAUAGAGUCCUGCUAAUGUUCACUUAAUAAGGAAACUCAGAAUUGAUGCUUCUGAAGAACUUCAUAAACAGCUGUUUAUGAAAUGCUUCUGAAGAACUUCAUAAACAGCUGUUUCCAGAACCAGAUAAGUAAAUCCUAUAUAAAGAUGACGAUCUGCUUUAAAAAGUUUUCAUGGCACACACUAGUUACAGUACAGAUCAGUGCUGAAUUAUCACUGUACUGCAAAAGAGUGAUCCAGUGCAAAGCAAACCACGUUUUUUUUUGUGGUUAUCACAUCAAAUAACAACGUGUCUAAAAAUAUUGUUCGGAACAAUGUUGUGUUGUACUUGACCAG